AUGCUUGAUAACUUGUACUCCCCGAAGGCCAAACUCAUCCGUCUCGAAGCCCUGGUUCUGUUGGCGACUGUCCUUCUGUUUCUGCUGAUCAUCUUUGGUUCGUUCCGGCGCCGGUCCAGCAACACCGUCAUCCAAGCCGUCGUCUCGGUUGCUUACACGUGCUCCACCUUCUUGGUGUUCUACACCGUUGGACAAAUGCAAUCCUCUGGCAUCAAUAAUGGAUUGCUUGCGAUAUGGGCCAUUUGCUUGUCCUUGGUACUCGGAAGCGCCAUCUCUAUUUCAGCUUAUGGCCUUGAAGACAAUGAAAAUUGGAAAAAGAAUUUUGCAGAAAAUAUUACGCACUUGUUUAUUAUUGGUUACUUGGUGGGCACAUAUCUCGGGCACACCCACUCCAGCUUCAGAAUCCCGGUUGUUGUACUUUUGAUUCUGACGGGUAUCAGAGUCGGUGAACGGACAGAUGUAUUUCAAGGGGCCACCAAAACAAACGGGCAGAAGAAAAGCAAAUUAAUCGCAGCCUACAUGAAAUACGAGUCCGAAUUGACGCCGCAAGAUGAACCCGAUCCCACGAACAUGAGAGGAUACAAUUAUCUGGUUUAUGGAGAAGAUCAAGUUGGUCUUAUUUAUGAAGCUCCUAACUGCCUACUCCGAAUAGAAAUAACUGAUCGUCAGGUUAUCACCGUCAACAAAAUCUGGCGGUGCACUGGAGGUCUGCUGAGCUCGAGCGGAGAUCCAGAAGGGCGUUUGAAAGACAUUUGUCUUUCGUUUGCCCUGUUCAAGCUAAUUCAGCGUAGAUUUUCCGGCUAUCAACUUGCUGAGAGCAGCCUCCAAAAGACCAGGGACUUCGUGAUUCGGGGAUUGCUCUCCAACGAUGAUGAUGCUCAUGAAAGAGCCUUCAGGGUGAUCGAGGUAGAGCUGGCUUUCCUUCAUGAUUAUUUCUAUACAAAGUAUCCUUUGAUAUUUGUUAGUGAGAAAUUCAUGCUAGCCAUGUCAGCUACACUUCUGAUAUUUCUAUGUUGGUCCGGAGUGUCAGUCAUGAAGUAUUAUCUAUCCCCUACCACUUACUUCAACCUUAUCACAAUCGGAAGGAAGAGCUUCGAUGCAAUUUUCACCUUGAUAAUUGUAGUAGCCAUUGCUUUGCUGGAACUGUUCCAGAUCUUGCUCUAUGUGUGCUCGGAGUGGGCCAAAGUAUCUCUCGUUUGUAGAUACGUUGCUCAUCCUUCAUGGCAUGAUAAGCCAUGGAUCACAGAAAUGAUAAAACAUCUUUGCCAUCUAAAGGUUUUCGACAGGGUUUUGCAGAAUAAGCUGGGUCAGUAUUCGCUUCUUGAACAUUGUGAUUAUAAGCCAACAGCUAAGAACAUGUUAUAUUGCAUGACAUGUGAAAUGGUUGGGAAGACCAGAGCUGGCCAAAAACAAAGCAAGCGAUUAAAGCUGCCAAGGGAGGUAAAGAAAGCAGUCGUCCGUUGGCUCAGACUCAACCAUGACGCCCUGCCGACCAACGGAAUUUCGUCUCUGCAACGAAAUGGAGUGAGCGCACAGCUUUCAUGGGCAUGCAAUCUUGAAACUCACGCGCAGGUAAUAUUGGUUUGGCAUAUAGCCACUUCUCAGUGUGAGAUCCACGGAUCCCGAGUGGAGCGCGCAAACGUUACCUCGAUGGAGAUGAAGGAUAACCAAGUCGUUGCUAACAGUUUAUCGCAAUAUUGUGCAUACUUGGUAGGGUUUGUCCCAGAUCUUCUACCGGACAACAGUUUUGAUGUUCAGUUGAUCUUUGAUGACGCAGUAAAGGAAGCUUCCUCGCAACUCGGGACAUUGAACUUGGACCAAAGGUUUCAAAGUAUGAUGAACCAAAGUGACACUUCUCAGAAUGUCGUUUGUAGGGGUGCGAGACUGGGAAAGCAGUUGAUAGACAUGGAGACGCCAGAGAUGCGAUGGAAGGUGAUGGCGGAAUUUUGGGUGGAGAUGAUCCUGUUCCUUGCUCCAUCAGACAAUGCAAAAGCUCAUGCGGAGGGUCUUGCAAGAGGUGGGGAGUUCAUCACGCAUCUGUGGGCGUUACUUUCCCAUGCAGGCAUACUUGGAAGAGGCGCCAGCUGCAUACUUUAGUUGAUUGUCUGAUGCAUUCAGCAUUCUCCUGUGUGUGGGUGUGUCAAUAAGCGCUAGUUUGUGUGUGGGUAUGUGUCGAUAAGCGCGAGUUUGUGUGUGCUAGCGCGUGCAUCUGCCCGUGUGCGUGUCUGUAAGCGCUAGUUUGUGUGUGCCAGCGCGUUUAUGUGCCCGUGUGCGUGUGCAUGUGCGAGUGUUACUUGCGUGCAUUGCGUGCGUGCGCGGUACAGCCAGUUUUCGUUCUUUUAGCAAGUGUGUUCGUCUGUCAGUGGUGAUGUAAGACGUACUCGUGUGAAGUGAAUGUAGCGUC